AAAAAAACAUCUCGCCCUAGGUCUUCAAAAGCAUGGGAAUACUUUAAAUUUAGUCCAAAACGCAAAGGCAUUGUUAUUUGCAGUCUUUGCCAAAUGGAGUUGGCAUACCACACUAGCACAACAGCGAUGUUGGAGCAUUUAAAGCGGAGGCACCCCCUUGUCUCUCGUGGAGGGAACAAUGAUAAGACAAAGCAAAGAACCUUGCUGUCCUAUCUUGGGAAAGAGGCGCAAUGCACUCCACAGAAGGCAGCCGAACUCAGCAAAAGAAUCUUGAGAGUGAUCGUCAAAGACAUGAGGCCUUUGUCUCUCGUUGAGGGUGAAGCCUUCAUAGAUAUGAUUGAAUAUGCCUGCCCAGGCUUCAAAUGUCCCUCCAGGUGGUGGUUUAACAAGCAGCUGGAGAAAGCAUACCAACGUGUUCUUGACGAUCUGAAGGGAAACUUAAAGAAGAGGUCCUCAAAGAUAACGCUCACCACCGAUGCCUGGACAAGUAUUCCCCUUGAGGACAGACACACUGGUGACAACAUCGCUCUCUGGAUUGAGGAAGUCGCUGAGAAGUUUGACUUUUCUCUCCAUGAUGAUGUCCAGGCAAUUGUCCACGAUAAUGCAGCGAACGUUGUGAAAGCCCUUAGAAUCCUUGAGGAGAAGCAUGGUGUUGCCUCACUUCGAUGUGCUGGCCAUACCACCCAGUUGAUUGUCAACCAUGCACUGAAAGAGCCCCGAAUCAACAAGGCACUUGGGGCAGCAAGGAGCCUCGUCACAUACUUCCACAGCAGCAAGGUCGCCACCCUGAAGCUGAAACUCAAACAAGAGCAAAUGGGCACACCGCAUCACAAGUUGUCACAGGAUGUACCCAUCAGAUGGAAUAGCUCUUUUUACAUGAUCAAACGCCUCCUUGAGCAGCGGUGGCCUGUAACCGCAACCCUCUCAGACCCAGAGGUCACCAAGGCAGCAAAACACUACCUGGAUAUGAGAGCUGACCAAUGGAGCAUCCUGGGGGACCUACAUCAAGCACUUGAGCCCUUCGAGCAAGCCACCGUCUUCCUGAGUGGAGAGGCAUAUGUCACAGUCUCUGUCCUGCCUCCGCUGGUGAAAGGCCUACAGAAGUCCACGCAGAAAGCCUUUGAGUCUGCUCCAAUUGCCACCUUCCAAACUGCAGCCGCAGCAGAGAUUGCUUCAAGAUGGAAGGUUGAGACUACUUAUGACGAGGACGGGAAGAAUGUGUGCAUCUUCGCCGCGGCCCUUGAUCCGAGAUUCCGAAAACUCAAGUUCCUGUCCACAGACGACAUCCUGAAGGUGAAAAUCAAACUUCAGACCAUUGCACUUGAUGCCAGACGAGUACGAGUGAGGGAAGAGCCUGACUCCCCCAGUGGCCAGCGAGAUCACUCAAGAGGACAGAAGCCAAAGUCUGUCCUGGACACAUUGCUUGGGUCAGAUGAGGAGGAGGAGAUGGAAGAUGACGACCCAGCCCAUGACCAGAGGGAAGAUGCUGUCAGGAAUGAGGUGCUUCUGUACUUUGGGGGGAAAGCCAUUCCAAAGGACAAAAACCCACUCCAAUGGUGGAAAGAAAAUGAAACAAAGUUCCCCUCCCUGGCUGUUGUGGCGAGAUCUUAUCUGGCUGCCCCUGCAACAUCCACACCUUCUGAACGUCUGUUCUCAGCAGCAGGGAACAUUGUGAGCAAAAAAAGAGCAAGCCUCACCAAAGAACACGUGGACAUGCUCACAUUCCUCCACAGUAAUUCAAAGUAGGAGGAGUAGAGUUGUGAGGGAGGAGAGAAGGAGGAAAGUGGCCAGUACUUAUAUUG